GGUGAAUAGCGAGCGUCCGCAGCAGGGCUCUUUUGCUGCUGCCGGGUCGAAGGUGGCCGUUGUGCAGCCCAAAGACGAGUAGUCGGUCCCUCACUCUCAAACACACAUACACACCACCAUGGAGCUCACGAGAGACUCGACCUGGAUGCUGCUUGUGGUCGGCGUUGUCCUCUGUUUCCUCGCACCCCAGGGGGAGUGUAUCAAAUGCUACGAGUGUAACUCCGAAUACGACCCCAGAUGUGCCGACCCCUUCGAUUCGUACUCAAUCGGUGAAGUAGACUGUGAUCUCAAGCCAAAACUGGAUCAUCUAAACCACCUCAACGCCACACUGUGCAGGAAAAUGGCGCAAAAAGUGAACGGGAAGCACCGGACGGUGCGUUCGUGCGGCUACCUGCCGGCCGAGGACAACAAGUUGGGCUGCAUUUUGCGAUCGGGCACGUACGAGGUACACGUGCAGUACUGCGCCUGCCAGGGCGACCUGUGCAACGAGGGGGCGCGUGCCGCCCCCGCCGCCCCCCUGGCGGUGGUGGCGGCCGCCGCCGCCGGCCUCGCUGCCCGCCGCCUGUUAUAACGGCCACGACGCUUCCACCGCCUUCAACCGACCCUCGAGAGCAUCGCAUAGUCAGGAUCAAAAGUAAAAGAAAAAAAGAGACGAAGCCGGCGCCACGAUUUGGUAGAGAUAAAAAUCUGGAGUUUCCCCUGGGGCAGCGCGCAGCCUGGAAUUUGCCUUAGGUUUAAUGCACAUUGCUGACCUUCUGAUUUUCCAACAGAAUAAUUACUUAUUAUAUUAAAUUAUGCAACGGAUUUGAAAAAAUCGGCCUUAGGUUCUGGAAUCGAUACGUAUUGUGUAGAAUGUUUGCGGAGCGAGGCUAUCAAACUGCAAAUUAGCGCGCACCUGACGUAGCUUAACGAUAAUAAAAUUAGACUAUGUCAUCGCGACGUAGCUAAUACGAAAAGGACGAAGAAAUGUUGUUAACUGAAACUCUCACCCUCUCACACUCAAACACACACACACACUCUCGAUUAUAACGAUAGGAGAAAAUCACUUUAUGGAGAAUAAAAUGCGCCUAACAAACACGUGGAACGAGACGAGAUAUUAACUAAUUAAUAAAACGCAAUAGCUGUGAUUUGCAUUCAAAAAGAUAAUAUCGCUUAUUAAAUACUUACCGACGAUGGGAAACGUUAUCAACUGCACUCGUACUUGUUAAACAACUCAAAAAGAAUUAAAAGAUGUAGUCACAGACACAGACACACAAACACUCACAAUCACACCAAAAACGCUGAAAAUUUCGCGCUGUGGCUUCAAAGGAUCUAGUUAAGUGAGAAUAAAAUGCUGCUUGAAUGCUGAGCUGUUUGGAAAAAUUGUUUUGUGCAACUGAAGUUCCGUUGCUGAGAUACAUACUAGUUGUGUUAUUAUAUAGCCUAUCGUUUUGCAAAUCUGAGCCAGUUUUUGUGUGUUAAAUCAGCUAGAAUUGUUUCAAGACGAAGAAGAAAAAUAACGAGAGGAAAAGUGUUUAUUGAUUCAUUGUUGACGCUUUUGCAUUGUUAAUUAUUAUCACAAGAAAACACUUGCUGAAAAUAAUACGAUACUGUAAUUUACAGUUGCUAGUUUCGAGUUGGGAUAUAUCCCGAAAAAUAAGGUAGAGAGGCACACAUAAAAUGUUUUUACGUAGCAAGACAACGGCGGGAUUUUUUUCGAGCCGCCGUUUCUCGGUUAGUUUUUGUUGGUGCAAACUGAAACGAGCGCAACGAAAACCAGUCCACGGUUGAAAACCAAACCACCCUCAAAAGAGAGAUUAACCACGUGCACUACCGAUGUACCACCGACAGACAGACAUUACUCUCACGUUCCGCUUAUGCAGUCGGAGCGUGCCGGGAAAACUGUGUAAAUAAAAGCUAUUCCAGUCCGAGGUGAAUUGAGAAAUUGCAUUUUGGCUGCUCAAUCUUGACUCAACUCUCGUGUUUAUUUAUUUUCUUCUCAUCUACGAUUAGUAACUUAACUGUAAGGACCUUUCUGUGUUUGCAACGAUCGUGACUCUUUAAGGCUCGGCCUGAACACCCAAAUCUCUGCCGUCGCCGGCGGGAUUUGCGGAUACGAAUUGGAUACGCUGAAAUUGACCGCAAGGAAUGCAAUGAACAUGAAAAUAUAUUUUUUGAAAAUGUUGACCAAGCCUUAAAGAAGUCGAGAGGUAGGCCGACCCGCGUCACUCACACACAUACUCGGUAGUUUUCACUCUCGACCCUUGACCUGAUAGGAACUGUGCCCACUCAGCAAUAUUCGCGUGAUUCUCGAGUCGAUCUCUCGCCACUGCCUGCGUUUUUACGUUCCUGCAUCAUCUUUGACGUGCAUUUUAGUUGAUAAUCUCUUUUCAGGAGAAGGCUUCGAAUUUCCCUCACCAUUAGUUGUUAGCCUUGUUUUGCCGGUUUGUUGAAAAACCGGCGGCAAUACUUGUUUCUCGGAAGAGUCUUAUGAUAUUUGAUUAUAUUGUUCUAGUCUGCUACAUACGGUGUAAAUAAAAACGUGAGAAUAAGUUUUAGAUAUUAAAGGUUGUGAAAAUAUA